AGAGACCCUUUGGUCGAAUCAGUGACCAAAGAAGUCAAAACAACCUUUUUCGAGGAACAAGAUUAACAUUUUAUCACAAAAUAUCCAUAGCCAUUUCUAAACAUGCCGUUUUCAAGGAAUUUUAGUCUUCUCCUUCCUCCAAUUAGGGUUUUGCUUUGGGAAUUUUAGAUGCAAUCUUCUGGUUACCUUCCUCCUUGGAUCUCUUCCCUUUUUGCCUGCAUGGGAGGUUGUUUCGGAUGCUUCACGAAACCCUCACUGAUUAUUGCGGUGGAUGAGCCAUCUAAGGGUCUAAUGAUUCAAGGCCACAAAGUGAAGAGAUCUAACUUUUCUGAGGAUUUCUGGAGCAGCAGUGCAUGUGAAAUGGAACAUAGUGCAGUCCCAUCUCAAAGAAGCAUUUCAUUGAUCAGCAUAUCAAAUCAAUCCCUUGAUCCUUCUGGCAGCACUAGCAAUCCUUCUGAAUUUGUAAAUCAUGGCCUCCUUCUUUGGAACCAAACAAGGCAACAAUGGCUUGGAAAUAAAGGGUCUGAGAAGCCGGUGCAACUUCAAGAACCAACAAUAAGUUGGAAUGCACUAUAUGAGAGUUUAUGUGGGAAUAACAAGCCAUUCCCCCAGCCGAUUACUCUUCCUGAAAUGGUGGAUUUUCUAGUCGAUGUUUGGGAGGACGAGGGCUUAUACGACUGAGCAGGAUGAUACAAAAAAGCUAGAAGAACAGAUAAAGAUAAGAAAUAUUUUUCCAGGAAUUUUUUGAGAUUGUCGAUUGUACUAUUCCCUUCUCUGUUGGAUUCUUCCACUGUACAAUAUUCUAUUGUAGUUUACAAGUCCUUUUGGAUUGGGAAGAAAAAUGCAAUAUUCUAGUAUUCUCUAUCAGCUUCUUGGUCCUUUUGUUGGUAGUUGGCAAUAGACAGUCGUAUGUGAUGGAGAAGAUGCUUGCUUUUGUUCGUCACUAAUCCUAGGAAAACUUCCCUUGGAGAUGCCAUCCUGAGUUGUACAUUUUCAGUGGAGACGUAAUAUGUCUUCCUGACUCUGUACCAGUACUAGGCUAUUCAAAGUUCAAACAUACGUGUAGUCUAGAUGCCAUCAAUAACCAAGGGCCUAGGUCCAGCCUACUGUUGCCCAACUUCAGAACAGAUGUUUUUUUUUUCUUUUUUUUCUUUUUUUUGCCCUUUUGCCAAUGCUAGGUUUUAAACGUUAAUAAAGGGCCAUAAAAAUUUGGUCCACAAGGAGUUCUGGCACUGAAAGAGCAUGUGUUAUAAACCAGGCCCCAGGCAGUUUCCGUUUUAGGAUGUCUUGAUUUUGUGCCACUUUUUGGAAGCCAUGUAAAUUUCUUGAUAACCAGACAUUCUGACAAUAAUAAUAAUGAUAUUAAGCUCCGGAAGAGACAUUAAUUCAACUAAAGCAACUUGACUAAAUGUCUUUCACAUUUAAUUAAAUGAUGGUCAUACUAACCUAAAGAAAAAUGGAAUUUUGUAAUGUUUACCAUCAUAUGAAAUUGUUUUAUUAUUGUUAUUAUCCUAAAAAGAGUAGUACUAGCAGUAAUAAUUGAAAGUUGAGGAGAUGGUUUUAAAACCGUGUUUCAAUUUCGAAUGACGGAAUGAUCAGUCACCGUUUGGAAGCAUUUAUCGAACUUGACAAGAGAGAUGGCUUCAUCCUCUAACAUAGAAAGUGGGAGUACGGGCCACAACUACACCAAACUUUAUUCAU